GGUUUUUACAGCAGGAACAUGUAAUCGUGUCCAGGAACAUAAACAAGCUCCACAUGCACUCGUAUACAUUUUGACCCACUGAGACGUAUACUUCGAAAGAAUCGACUCAGUGAGUCGAGUCCUCUCGCAUGUUACUAUAAAGGGCGCAGCCUCCUGCGUGGUGACGUCACGCGGCGGCAGCAGCAGCAGCGGCGGCGAGCGGCUCUGGGACCGGGACAGGGAUCAGGGACAGGUACGGACGCUAAGCUGGUGCUGGGGACGAUCCGGAGGGAAGUGAUGCCCCCUUUUAAUCCGUUCCGCAAGAAACCCAUGACUGAGGACACCGAGCAGCACCCAUGACGCCUGCAGCGACGACGCAGAACGGAGCCGAAGGGCGGAACGAGGAGCGCGAGGAUGGUGUACUGGCGCGUGGGCUUGGCGUGGAGCCGAUCGUGCGUGCUCGACCUCGGCCUCAACAAGAGUUUCUUCCCCUUCGGUCUCUGUAGCUCGGACGAGCAGCUCUCGUUUUAUGGCUACGUCAUCGCGUACCCGCUGCAGGACUACGGCGGCAUCAUGGCGGCCCUGGGCUCGGACUCGUGGUGGCGGAAGACGCUGUACAUCACCGGGGGCGCGCUGCUCGCCGCCGCUGCUUAUUUACUACACGAGCUGCUCGUCGUCAGGAAAGAGCAGGAACUGGAUUCCAAAGACACAAUCAUCCUGCACCAAUUUUCCAGACCCAAGAACGGUGUUCCCAGCUUGUCCCCUUUUUGCCUCAAGAUGGAGACUUACCUCCGAAUGGUAGACCUGCCUUACCAGAACUACUUCGACGGGAAGCUUUCUCCGCAGGGGAAGAUGCCGUGGAUCGAGUACAACCAGGAGCAGGUGAGCGGCUCCGAGUUCAUCAUCGACUUCCUGGAGGAGAAGCUGGGAGUGAACCUGAACAGCAACCUGAGUCCCGAGGAGCGAGCCAUGUCACGCGCCAUCACCAAAAUGGUGGAGGAUCAUUUCUACUGGACAAUAGCCUACUGUCAGUGGAUUGAUAACCUGGAGGAGACUAAGAAGAUGCUGGCAGUGACCGGGCCACUGAGUGACCUGCUGAAGUGGAUCCUGAGUCACGUUAAUGGUGGUAUAGUGAAGAGAGAGAUGUAUGGCCAUGGCAUUGGGCGCUUCACUAAAGAGGAAAUCUACGCUCUGAUGGAAAAGGACAUGCGCACCCUUGCCACUCUGCUCGGGGAUAAGAAGUACAUCAUGGGCCCCAAAGUCUCCACAGUUGACGCUGCAGUAUUUGGUCACCUUGCCCAGGCCAUGUGGACGUUACCUGGCACGCGGCCGGAGCAGCUCAUUAAAGGUGAGUUCAUUAAUCUAGCCAUGUACUGCGAGCGCAUCCGGAGGAAAUUUUGGCCCGAGUGGUUUGUGGACGUUGAUGACUUGUACUAUGAUGGCUCGAGUGAAGAGCCUCACUCACCGUCUCAGCUGCUGGACCUGGGCCUGUUCUCUCACAGCGAUGGUUUCCCGGAGGAACCCAGCAGCCUCUCGCGCUCCAACACCACACACUCACUGGACAGCGACCGCACCGGACACUCCCUCUACGACUCCGACAUGGACGCUGAGUACUCGGAAAUGGAGCAGGUCAAGUGCUAACCGCUUUGUCCGACACGAUGCCACUUCUAAGGCAUAUCUGUCCUCCAUUAAGCCUCUCUCAGUAAGGAUAGAGUUUACCUUUCUGAGGAGGACGGACGGGGCUCCUGAAUAUCCUGCCUGCGCAAAAGGGACGUUGUACAACAAGGGAAGCAUGAAAGGUGUGCAAUAUUAUCACUGACAACGAGAAAGCUGACCAAUCUCACGUUUACCUGCAAGUAGGGCUGGGUACAAUGGUAUAUUAUAGUUUGAUCUCGACAUAGCGAUAAACAGCGGGGUGACCUGCGUCACAUGACAUGUAGCUGAUUGGACAUAAAAAUCGAUCUAUUUUUCUACCAAAGCAUCAUUUUUCAUUUUUGCUUCUAUUUCCUUUUUUUUAAAAAAUUUUUUAGACUAAAAAUGAAAUAAUACAUCGAUUUCGCUGCCAUUUUGUUAAUCAAACUAGAUGCCAUGACACAUAUUGUGUAUUGCAGAUGUCCUCAGAUAUCUUGAUGUCAUAUUCUGCCCAACCCUACUUGCAAGGAAAUACAUAUGAGGUAAUUAUGUAGUCGGGGGUAAAAAAAAAAGAGAAAGAAAGUCAAAUCAUCAAGCAAGGAAAUGAUAAAAGCUGGAGAGAAACCUGAGGGAGUGAAUGACGCCACUGCUGAAUCAUUCCCUCCGUCGUAACAGAUCACGGCUCCUCAUCAUCCUCUCGCCAAGUCUCUUCCUGUCUUAAGAUGCAUUAUUGUAUGGAUAUCGAGAGCACUUGAUUUUUCUUUUCAUCUUUCAUGUCACCCAGGCUUGUCUGACUAGUAGCGGAUACUGAUAAACAAUUUUGUCCCUUUAAACAACAACAACAACAACAAUGUCGAGUUUGGAGUUUUAUACAAAAUCAAAAUGGAACCAAUCAGAUUAGAGCACCGUGAUCAGUGUGUCUGAAGGGAAUGAAAGGAAGUGUCUGUGUUUAUGAAGUAUUCACAUAUACUGUAUAUUUGUGAGAAAAACCUUCCUUUUUUAUUUUAAAGAAAUUUAAUCAUUCUGGAAAUUUCACUGACCCGCUCAGCACUUAAAUCAACACACCUGUUUGUCUACGUGUGUGUGUGUGUGUGUCUUAGUCGAUGCAUGCAUGAACUGUUUAAUAGAACUAAAAUAUAAAUCAUGAAAAGGGACCAAAGGGUAACCAUUCUGUCUGUUGUAAUGUAUUGAGUUUGCAUUUGGGUAAGUCUUUGGAUAAGAUUCGGUGACCUGAUGUACGGCCGCAUGGUUCAAUCAUUAGAUUUGCGCUGAUUGAGUAAAUUAGUGAGCAGCAGUGUGAUGCAGAAAUCUCUCUAGAUCACGGUUAGUCGUAAUUGUCUGUGUUUUGACUGAAUGACUAAUGCAUGUGUUUGUCAAACAGCAGACACCUGUACUGCAUGUUCCAGACCAUCUUUCCCUGUAUUGCAUAUUCCAGACCAUCUUUCCCUGUACUGCGUAUUCCAGACCAUCUUUCCCUGUACUGCAUAUUCCACACCAUCUUUCCCUGUACUGCAUAUUCCACACCAUCUUUCCCUGUACUGCGUAUUCCAGACCGUCUUUCCCUGUACUGCAUAUUCCACACCAUCUUUCCCUGUACUGCAUAUUCCACACCAUCUUUCCCUGUACUGCGUAUUCCAGACCGUCUUUCCCUGUACUGCAUAUUCCACACCAUCUUUCCCUGUACUGCGUAUUCCACACCAUCUUUCCCUGUACUGCAUAUUCCACACCAUCUUUCCCUGUACUGCGUAUUCCAGACCGUCUUUCCCUGUACUGCAUAUUCCACACCAUCUUUCCCUGUACUGCGUAUUCCAGACCAUCUUUCCCUGUACUGCGUAUUCCAGACCAUCUUUCCCUGUACUGCGUAUUCCAGACCGUCUUUCCCUGUACUGCAUAUUCCACACCAUCUUUCCCUGUACUGCGUAUUCCACACCGUCUUUCCCUGUACUGCGUAUUCCACACCAUCUUUCCCUGUACUGCGUAUUCCAGACCGUCUUUCCCUGUACUGCAUAUUCCACACCAUCUUUCCCUGUACUGCGUAUUCCAGACCGUCUUUCCCUGUACUGCAUAUUCCACACCAUCUUUCCCUGUACUGCGUAUUCCAGACCGUCUUUCCCUGUACUGCAUAUUCCACACCAUCUUUCCCUGUACUGCGUAUUCCAGACCAUUCCUCCCUUUUUUUUAAAAAAAUCUUUAGACUAAGAGAUUAGACUAGAACCUGAUCAUAUUAUCCAGACUCCAGAUAAAAUUGCCCGUGUUGAAUUUGAGCUGAUUUGAACACAUCUGUUUUUUAUUUCUUUAAAACUAUCUGGGUUUGCUUUAAAAUGCAUGAUAUUUGCUUCAGUUGUGCGUGCAGGAGCCUCGGAUUUCUGAAACGUUGCCCAGUAAACAAACAUGCCCGUGUUAGCGGUUAGCAUCAUUGUGCAUUCACUUUUUUCUUCACAUAAUUUACGUGAAGUAAAAACGUCGAUUCAGCUCUAGUGAUUUUACUGUGGAAAUUCCUGCUACAUGGUACAGGAUAGUGAAGGAUAGUGUGUGUGUGUGUGUGUGUGUGUGUGUGUGUGUGUGUGUGUCCAUCUGGUGCAUGAAUGAGUCAUAGUCAUGCAUGAAUACACAUACUUUUGAGGCAGUUGUCUCACGGGUGGCUUACACACACAUUGAUUCUAUAACCUCUGUACUGCAGUGAUCUGAACAGCGAAUACAGCUUACACACACACACGCAUACAUGCAUGCAUACAUACAUUUACUUACACACACACACACACACACACACACACACUCGGUGAUGAAUAUGCCACUUAACUGUAACUGGGCUUUGAAUUAUAGAUCUGUGCGUUUGUGUGUAAUGAAUAUUAAAGCAGCAUUACUGUGGCAUUGAUUAGUUACUGUGCCAAAUAAGCAACACACUCAGUACCGAGAUCUUUGUUUACGGGACAUGUGGCCGGUUUAAACCGUGAUUAGUACACUACAGCCUGGGUUUAGUUUUUCUUCUUAAGUGUGUCUUUUUGUUUUGCCUGGUUUAUAUUUUCUCUCUAUUGCAGAUCCUUUUCUUCUCUCUCUCUCUCUCUCUCUGUGUGUGUGUGUGUGUGUGUGUGUGUGUGUGUGUGUGUGCGUGCUGCAGUGUAUUUCAGCUUUGAAUACACCGUACUCUCACAUCUCCGAUCUUGUGCCUGAUGCAGCCGACAUAAUUUAUUUCUAUUUCUCUUAUAUAUAUCGUUUAUCAUUAUCAGUGUAUCGGUUAUAUUGAUGUAUUGUUUAUUUAAAGUAUGUAUAUUUAUUUUAGUGUUCAUUUUUUUUAAAUCUAUUUUUUUAAAAUGUAAAAUUAUUAUUUAUUUAUUUAAACUGUGUAUAUAUUUUUUGCUUGGAGUAUGUGGUAAAUAGUUUGGAUAUAUGAGAAGGGUUAGAGGUUAAAACUAAUCCAAGUUCAGCCAAAUAUUGUCUUCUUGUUUGCUGUCCUUUGUUUGUGUGUGUGUGUGUGUGUGUGUGUGUGUUGGGCUGCACAAGGAACUGACGAUUCCUUUUUAAUCAGAGCAAUCGAUGUAGAAUGAGCGCCUGGGCCAAUUUUGGAGUGUAAACUGUGUUAAUAUCUACCCCUGUAGGUCCAGCAGAUUUGAAGAGGAAGAUGGUGAAUGUGAUGAAAUGGUUUAAUGGUCAGUUUUUAUUUUUAAACAACCUUCAGUUUCAUGGUUGCGUGAAUGUGCAACUUUCCAUUUUGUUACCAUUUCAAGUCAAACAAGUCCGAAUCCUCUCUGUGUGUGUGUGUGUGUGUGUGUUUAUAAUCACUGAACAGUUCCUAAGGUAAGGCUUGUGUGUUUGAAAAAACACGAUGGAAUUGAAUAUAGAAACGGAAGCCACCAAGAAAUGAAAUCACGUCCAGAAGUGAGAAGAGAGGAGCAACAGGAAAUGGUUCCAAACAAUAAGCAGAGGUCAAAAGAUUAACCUCAUCUUCCUCGUGUGUGUGUGUGUGUGUAUGUGUGUGUGUGUGUGUAUACACACACCGUGUGUAUGAGAGCUAGUCAACCCUAGACUUUGCAAAUGUAGUGUUUUUUGUGUAUAUGACAGCUCUUGUCUGAACUUCUGGGAGAAGAUGUACAUAUAUUGGGAAGCGGGUUAUGUAUAUGAUGAAGAACUCUGUAUAAUAAGAUGACUUACGUUCUUCCCAUGGGUGUAUAGUAACUAGAGAUGACUGUGUGAAAACAAGUACUCAAAAAAUCUUGAAUUAAAUAUAGCUGUGCUAAUUUCA